UGAAGCUGCUUUCAUUUCGUUCUUUUGUUGGCAGCCUCUAAGGCAGUCACUUUUAGAGAGUAAGUUCAAAAUCUAAUUUUUAAGACAAGACAGCUUCUGCAUUAACCCCUGGACUGCUGGCAAUUUCUUCCACUGCAACGAUGACAGCGACCUUUCGGCACUGAUUUCUCCCAUCAAAUCCCAGGACACCCUGUGACCAUUUUGAAAAGUGUGGUCUGCAGUGACUGAUGAUACAAUGCAACCUUUCCUCUUCUUCCUCUCAGUUUUGGUUUUCUGGGGAAGAGCUGGUAGGGUGUUGGCAGCUCCUGGAUACCUAGACUUCGACAAUUUGCCGGAGACCGGGUUUUCAUGCGAGGGCAAAGUGAUUGGAGGUUAUUAUGCGGACAUCGAGACUGGUUGUCAGAUGUUCCACGUCUGCACGGUGGGCCAGAAGGGCGAAAUAAUGGACAUCAAGUUCCUCUGCCUCAACGGCACCGUCUUCGAUCAGGAGACAAGGGUAUGCGAGCGCGUUGACGAAGUCGACUGCAGCAAAACUGAGGGUUUCUAUGAUCUCAACCUUGAACUCUAUGGAGCCCAUGGUUUUGGCAGUGAAUGUUGUGCGAAAGAGUGGAUGUCUGCUGUGGAGAACAACGAGAUUUCCAGUCAACGCAUCCUCGAAGAAGAUUCCGACGACGAUGAAGUUGACCACCGCCCGAUGACGAUUCAAGCGUCCUCGACGACCACCACAACGAGCACCACCACAACCACGUCAACGACGACCACUACCACCACUCCUCGACCCACUCAGUCCUUCCCGUCAAGCUCUCCUAGUGCCGUCGCCCUCCUUGCCAUACACAAUUCUUUCUCAGGCGUGCGUCCUGUGUCCGGUGAGCUGCGGCCGUUGGCCACCGAACUGCAGCCGCCGACGCCACCGACGUACACGCUGCGGCAACAGCAUCACCCCCACGGUGUCGCUCACACUUUCUUCAGCAACACGCCACGACCCUUCCAGUUCUUUGGACGUGCUUUGCAGCCUGCUAAAACCACAAGUGCUUCUGUAGUUGUGGUCUCAAGUUCGUCUAUGACCCAGUCAGUGUCGAGGGUUCACAAAACCACAACCCCCGAACCACCACAAGCUGAAACAGAGCCGCCCUCAGCUCUUGGCGCAGACUAUGACUCAAUCAAGUCAUUCUAUGAAGAUGUGCCGAGGGAAGUGAAGAAAUCCUCACUUUCCGUUUCCAUGAGCUCUUCUAGCUCAAUCACACCAAUUUUUGCUUCCCAUCACCAUCACAAUCCUAUUGGAAGGCCCAAGAGGCAACUGCGGCAAGGAAGAAGGAGAGCGCAAAAUGUGCGAAAUGCUGCAGUGCACGCGGAAGUGGCUGAAACAACAACCGAGGCUCCUCAAACGUCAUCAACAACAACCGCGCAGCCUCUUCCUGAAACUAGUUUCAAGUGCAUUGACAAGACACCUGGGGGCUACUAUGCGGAUACUGAGGUUGACUGCAGAAUUUUCCACAUUUGUGUUCUUGGAAGACACAACAAAAUUAAUGACUACAAAUUUGUCUGCGGAGUCGGCACCAAAUUUGAUCAGCAGAGCAGGACUUGCAUCGCGGAGGAUUUGGUUCACUGCCAGCUCUCGCCUAAGCUCUUCCAUUUGAAUGAUCACUUUUUGCCACCUAAAGAUGAGCCAAGGAUAGCUGGUGUUGCUGGAUUUGAAUCCAAGAAAAUUAGAGCAAAACGAGCGACGAAAGGUCCUCCCAACUACUCACUGAGUACUUUGCCGUCGACUUCGCGGCAGUUCCAGUGCCCUGACGAGGAUGGUCUCUACGCAGACCCCGCAUCCUCGUGCCAGGCAUACCACCAGUGCACAUCUCGCCAUCACUCGCUGCACAUUUGUCCACACAAGAGUGUCUUCAACGAGGCGCUUGGUGUGUGCGACCAGUGGGAGAACGUGGACUGCAACCUCUACUCAGAUGGCUUUCACGAGAGCACUCGGACGAAGCGGGCCGCGCCCAACACGUGCGAGGACAGCAGCCACCCAGCAGGCACGCCGAUCGCGGACGAGGCGUCCAACUGCAGGAGCUACCACAUUUGUGUUUACAGAACUGAAGCUGCAGGCCAGCUUGUCCAGCUCAAGCUCAAAUGUCCUGCCGGCAAGGUAAUGCACCCCAAGCUCAAGAGAUGUGUCAAGGGAAACACCUGCCAAGAUGCCAUUCGCCAAAAGACCUUCCCCGCCAAGAAAUCGAUAUACAAAAAGGAACAGUUCACAAUUCAAAAAUAAUCCGCCUGGUGAUUUUAACAAAAGGGAAGCGCUAGUGCGUUUCAUACAACAAAUGAGGCUGUUAAAUGGAGGCAGGGUUGACCUCCAUUCUCUAUGACAAUCAAUUGACACCAUUGCAUCAAUUUGAAUAGCGGCUCUCUUGAAUUCGGUUUAUAAUUAUUUAUUUUCAUAUGAACGCCUGCGUUGAAAAACAACACGCUAUUCUUUCAAAUCAUCCCUCGGUAAAUUAUUUUCAUUUUAUUAUAAAAAUAUCUUGAAGACGAAGGUAAAUCAAAAGCACAUGCGACAAAAAUUGAUUACGAAAUCGAAGUUUAAAGUAAAAGCGGAUUGUAUUCGUUAUGAACUAAAAAUCAUAAAUACGUUUUGAUUAUUUAGGGUUAUUUGGGUUAUUAAAUAAAAAUUAUUUUGUGUAAUCAGUACAUGUUUGACAAAAAAUAAAUCUUAUAUUGAAAGUUUAGAUUUAUGUUGAAAAAUUUCCCCAUAUUUUGACCGACUUAAUCAAUCGCACACGCACUUAGGCCGCAAGCAUAUUUUGCAAAAUUUCAAUCGUGUCCCACCGAAUAUGCGCACAAAUGCAAUGCUAAAUUAAUGAAUGUCUUUUGCAAAAUACAAAACGUAUAGCAAACCGUUUAAAUCGGAGAACAUGUGCAACUCGAAUGUGUGGCGUGUAAGCGAAAAUUAUAUCAUGCAGUCCUGGUUGGUUAUGAGCUGACACCUUGCUUCGUAAGCAGUUUGGCAUUUGAGUCACUCCUGGCUGAAAUUUUGUUACUAACACGGUCGUAAUACAGGCAAGCAUUCCUAGAACAAUAGAUUUCAGUUUUUUAUUAGCUUUUUGUUCUUUGAUGCUGGGUCGAUGGCCCUUUUCUGGAAAACUGCAAAGCCUCUUUACUUCUUGUGGUUUUUGCUUGGCAGCCGUCUCGCUGCCCCAUGUUGCGCUUCUAAGUCGGUCGGCCGCCAAUCAAAGACGGCCAACGAGCUUUUCCGAAAAGGGCUUUAAAUUACUGUGAAUUUUGAUUCUGAGGGAAUUUAAAACAUUUCCUUCAAUUUUCAAAGUUUUUCCCGUUAUGAUACUCUAACAUUUUUAGACGCAUUUUCUUAGAUCAGAUCUUAUUUUACACUAGAUAAUCCAGAGAGAUUGUAAUUUAUAUAGCGAGUUGCUUUUGAUGUAUCAAUAAAUUUCUAAAAAAAUGAAAUAAAAAUUAUGCAGUCAUAUCUUUAAA